CCACACGUCCACACCAAAAGGUUUACAAACGGCUGCUAAAGCCGCUUUAGCAAGCAGCACGCCCACGCACACAGAGACAGAGCAAGAGGCAAUGGCGAGAAUAGUGUGCUCUCAGCUUCUUCCUUCCAUAGCACCUCCGCUUAGCUCCUCUCUCUUGCAAACCAAAUCUUUCCAAUGGCUUAAACGUUCAGAAACCCACUUUUCUCAACUCGUAAUGACUCGGCGCUUCUCCGCUGCAAAAAUAAGCAUGAGUUUGCGAGCCGGGAUUGUUGGCCUUCCCAAUGUAGGAAAAUCCACCCUUUUCAACGCCGUUGUAGAGAAUGGAAAAGCUCAAGCUGCGAACUUUCCCUUCUGCACAAUAGAACCAAAUGUUGGGAAGGUUGCUGUUCCCGAUCCACGCCUCAAUGUGCUCUCUGAUCUUAGCAAAUCACAUCGAGCUAUCCCAGCGUCAAUAGAAUUUGUUGAUAUUGCUGGACUUGUCAAGGGCGCUAGCCAAGGAGAGGGUUUGGGUAAUAAAUUUUUGUCACACAUUCGUGAAGUGGACUCCAUACUUCAGGUUGUGCGCUGUUUUGAGGAUAAUGACAUUGUUCACGUGAAUGGGAAAGUUGAUCCAAAGUCUGAUAUUGAUAUAAUCAAUCUGGAGUUGGUGUUCUCGGACUUGGACCAGAUUGAAAAAAGAAUGGAGAAACUUAAAAAAGGCAGGGCUAAAGAUUCACAGUCUAAAGUUAAGGAAGAAGCAGAAAAGUCUGCCCUAGAAAGGAUUCAGCAGGCGCUAGUUGAUGGAAAACCAGCAAGAUCAGUAUCUUUAACGGAUUUUGAAAAGGAUGCUGUGAAGCAUCUUUGUUUGCUUACGAUGAAACCAGUCAUAUAUGUGGCUAAUAUUGCAGAGGCGGAUGUAUCUCAACCUGAAAGCAAUUUUCAUGUCAAAGAAGUGAUGGAUACUGCUUCAAAGCUACAAUGUGGUGUAGUAACCAUAUCUGCGCAGGUUGAAUCAGAGCUUUCUGAACUUCCUCUAGGUGAAAGGAUGGAGUAUUUAAAAUCACUUGCUGUUAAUGAGAGUGGACUAGGAAAUCUUAUAAGAGCAACAUAUGCUGUCCUUGGUUUGAGAACAUACUUCACUUCUGGCGAGAAGGAAACAAAAGCUUGGACGAUACUAUCUGGCAUGACUGCACCACAAGCAGCUGGAGUCAUACAUUCUGACUUUGAAAAGGGUUUCAUUCGAGCAGAGACGGUUGCUUAUGAUGAUUUUGUUGCUGCUGGAUCAUUUGCAGCUGCGAGAGAGAAAGGACUUUUGAGGUUAGAGGGGAAAGAGUAUGUCGUACAAGAAGGGGAUGUGAUGCUCUUUCGCUUCAAUGUGUGAUAGACAUGAGGUGAUGGCACAAAAGAUUAGAAGGAAAUUCGAGGGAUAUCAUGUCCACACUGGAUGGGAUUUGCUGACUCUUCGAGGAACAUCUUCCACCAAUUUUUCGUUGGUUUAUAUGAUUGAAGUCCAAUCUAUCUCGGCCGUCCGGGUCUGGACACUCGGGGUUGGAAGUUGGAACUAAUCUUUUUUGGUUUAUACGGACUACCCUCUUUUCCAUAUUAAAAGUUAGCCAAUUUUACUUUCUUCAUAUAGGUAAAUAAGAGAAUGAUGUGACAUAGUCCUGGCGACAAACGGAGGCGAGAUUGUCGGGAUGGAUGUGAUGAUUUUGAAUUAAAGAACAUAAAUUAUUUAUGUUUUC